AUGUCCGGCCACAACCUUCACAACGCUCUUCUCCGCCCUCCCAUCAUCCAGAUCCUUCGAGCCCAAGGCUUCCAUUCCACAAAGCCAUCUGCUAUUGAUUCACUAUCAGACCUCACCGCGCGAUAUAUUAUGAUUCUCGCAUCUUCCACCGCCGCACACGCCGCCAAUGCCCACCCCGAAGACCCCUCCCCAGUCCUCGAAGAUGUAUACCAAGCUCUUCAGGAUGCCGGCGCACUCCGACCUCAGCUGCGUGAAUGGGAAGAAGACUGGCAGGGUGAAGAGGAUAUGCGGGGACUUGAAUCUUUGAUUGGGUGGAUCACCGGCCCGUCGCACCGUGAGAUUCGACGAGUCGCGGGUUUUGUCCCCAGUGAAGGCGAUAUGGUGGAUCCCGAUUCAAUUGAGAAGGAGGAUUACCUUACGGCCUUGAAGAAGAAACACAGCAAGACAGGAGAGGAGUCCCGAUAUGCAGGUACGGUGCUUGGAAAGAGCGCCGAGGAACAUCCCAUCAUCAUCGAGGGUGGUGCCCCGAGCAUCCGCGAAUGGGGACAACAGGUGCGGUCGCGUGCGCCUACUAGCCCGGGCAGCAAUAGCUCUGGCGUCAGCAGCGCGCCCAGCAACAUGUCAGAUGGAGCGAUGGAAGUGUGA